AUGUUCUCUCAUACAGUACGCAAGAAGACAUACACGUUCGCAAUCGGUGAUUCGUUAGUGUAUUUCGCGAUUCCAGACGAAAGUAUGGAGAAAACCGAAUCAUUCUGGGUAUUGAAUCGGUUGAUAUCAGCUAUUGAAGAUCUGAUCAGAGUCGAUGGAUCGGAUGCGGAAACUUUGAUUAAUCCUUCCCCGAAUUGUCUCCAAUCUAAGCUUGAUCCAGUCUUCACGGAGAUAGUUGGUGUUGUUGAUUUGGAAUUGGACAUGGAUUUGGUGGGUACUCCAAGGAGCGUAGCGUAG